CUCCACGCCAACUCAUCGCAAAGGCGGAGGGCGCAUCAAGAUGAAGUUCUUCAUAGACGAGCUCCCGGUGCUUUUCCCGUAUCCCAGGGUCUACCCCGAGCAGUAUGCCUACAUGUGCGAUCUCAAACGCACGCUGGACGCCGGCGGCCACUGCGUGCUGGAGAUGCCUUCAGGCACAGGUAAAACUGUGUCGCUUCUCUCGCUCAUCGUAGCAUACCAGCAGUUCCAUCCUGAAAAGCGGAAACUCAUCUACUGCUCGCGUACCAUGUCCGAGAUCGAGAAGGCGCUGGCCGAGCUGAAAGCGCUCAUGAGGUACCGGACGCAAGAGCUCGGCUGUGAAGAGGAGUUCAGAGGCCUUGGACUGACGAGUCGGAAGAACCUGUGUCUCCACCCGUCGGUUAAGCGCGAGAAGAGCGGCUCCAUCGUCGACGCGCGAUGUCGAAGCUUGACAGCGGGCUUUGUCAAAGAGAAGAAAGACCGGGGCGACGACGUCGAGCUUUGCGUGUACCACGAGAACCUCGACCUCCUUGAACCGCACAACUUGAUCCCGCCCGGCGUCUGGACGCUAGACGGCAUGCUCAAGUACGGAGAGGAGCAGAAGCAAUGCCCGUAUUUCACGGCGCGGCGGAUGAUGCCUUACUGCAAUGUCAUUAUAUAUUCCUACCACUAUCUGCUCGAUCCGAAGAUCGCAGAGCGCGUCUCUAAAGAGCUCUCGAAAGAUUGCAUUGUCGUGUUCGACGAAGCCCACAACAUCGACAAUGUGUGCAUCGAAUCGCUGAGUAUCGAUUUGACAGAAGAUUCAUUACGAAAAGCGACGCGUGGUGUGAACAAUCUGGAUCGCAAGAUUACAGAGAUGAAGAGCACUGAUGCCGAGAAGUUGCAGAACGAGUAUGCAAAGUUAGUCGAGGGGCUACGUGCGGCAGAUGAAGCGAGAGACGAGAACGCAUUCAUGGCAAACCCAGCAUUACCGGACGACCUCCUCAAAGAAGCCGUGCCGGGAAAUAUAAGAAGAGCAGAACAUUUCGUGGCCUUCCUAAAACGAUUUAUCGAAUACCUAAAAACGCGGAUGAAAGUUCUCCAUGUCAUCUCAGAGACCCCGCCAUCAUUUCUUAGCCAUCUCCGCGAGCUCACAUUCAUCGAACGAAAGCCCCUUCGCUUCUGUGCCGAGCGCCUGACCUCGCUCGUCCGUACCCUAGAACUCACGAAUAUCGAAGACUACCAGCCGCUGCAGGAGGUCGCAACUUUCGCCACCCUCGUCGCGACCUACGAAACCGGCUUCCUCCUCAUUCUGGAACCCUUCGAGUCCGCAACCGCCACAGUCCCUAACCCUAUCCUCCACUUCACGUGUCUGGACGCCGCUAUCGCCAUCAAACCCGUCUUCGAGCGCUUCAGCUCGGUCAUCGUCACUUCCGGGACCAUGUCGCCUCUUGACAUGUACCCGCGCAUGCUCAACUUCAACACCGUCGUCCAAGAAUCGUUCACCAUGACCCUGACGCGGAAAACCUUCCUUCCGAUGAUUGUGGACCGCGGCAGCGAUCAGAACCAGAUCACAUCGCAGUUCGAGCACCGCAACGACAUGCCAGUCAUUCGCAACUUCGGCAGUCUGCUGAUCGAGUUCUGUAAACUGACGCCAGACGGAGUCGUCGUAUUCUUCCCGUCCUAUCUCUACAUGGAGAGCAUUAUUUCCAUGUGGCAGGGCAUGGGCGUCCUCGACACCGUCUGGAAAUACAAGCUCAUCCUAGUCGAAACGCCCGACGCGCAAGAAACCUCGCUCGCCCUCGAAACCUACCGCACCGCCUGCAACAACGGGCGCGGCGCCGUGCUGCUCUGCGUCGCGCGUGGCAAAGUCUCCGAAGGCAUCGACUUCGACCACCACUACGGCCGCACCGUGCUGUGCAUGGGCGUCCCGUACCAGUACACAGAAUCGCGCAUCCUCAAAGCGCGCCUCGAAUUCCUCCGCGAAACAUACCGCAUCAAAGAGGCAGACUUCCUCUCCUUCGACGCCAUGCGGCACGCCGCCCAGUGUCUCGGCCGUGUCAUCCGCGGCAAAGACGACUACGGCAUCAUGGUGCUGGCCGACAAGCGCUUCGGCAAGAAGAUCACGCAGCUGCCGAAGUGGAUCCAGAUGGCCCUCGACACCAAGAACACCAAGCUCAGCGUCGACCAAGCAGUCUCGCAAGCGAAAGCCUUCUUGAAGGAAAUGUCGGUCCCGUGGUCGCGAAGCGAGCAGGAAGGCCAUUCGAGCUGGAGCCUGGCGGACCUGGAGUCCCACCAGGCGAAGAAGAAAGCGGAGGCCAUCUCAGGGACGGAGAACCCUUCGACGAGGCUGGAAGAGGGCAGGGCGGAAGCCGCCGUCGUAGCGGUAGAUGAGGAUGAGUUCGGAGGCGCGGGGAUGGACGAGAUCAUGGCGGAUGUGGGCGAGUAGAACGCGCUUGGGACUAUUAUUGCGCAGACGUUCUGUCGUGACUGCACGGACUUUCAUCCUGUUCCUGGCUUGGGUAACUGGGCUUGGUGCAGGCCUUUUGGUCGAUACCGGACAGGCUGGAGUACAUAAGGAUGUCGGCGCGAUCAUUGCCUAGUAGUAGCAUCACUGUAUUAGAAAACGACUUCUCUCCAACUUCGUAGGAAGC